AUGUGCCACUUUCAGGUCUCCUCACACUGCUGGUGUGUUCCAUUUUUUGUCAUAGGGUGCUGGCAGAUUACGGGCCUCCCAUUGCUGCUGCCAGGCCCGUAAUCUGCCAUGGGCCCCUGUACCGCCUCUUCAUGCUGCUGCCAGGUCCAGAGUCUCUCAUGGGUCCCUGUACGGCCUCCCAUUGCUGCUGUCUCCAUCGCCACACUCUGCCAUGUGCCACUUUCAGGUCUCCUCACACUGCUGGUGGUUCCAUUUUGUCAUAGGUUUUGCUGUAUGGCCUCCCAUUGCUGCUGCCUCCACCGCCACACUGUGGCUCCCAAACACUGGUUUUGGCCCCGUGACUGGCCAAAUGAGUGAAGUGUGCGGUGAUUCUAAGAUCGACGGCACUCAUCUGCAUGUCCAUACUGACUGACAGUAUUAUUUUCUCUUCCCCAGCAGACUCCAAGGGCAUUUAAAUUAAAGGUACAGUGUUCUGCACUAAUAUUA